AUGGCUGAUACAGCUCAGGAAAUUAUCAGUCAAAAUGGAUUCUCCAAUGUUAUAACAGUACUGAAAGGAAAGAUUGAAGAGAUUGAACUUCCAGUUGCUCAAGUUGAUGUCAUUAUUUCUGAAUGGAUGGGAUAUUUCCUAAUCUAUGAGAACAUGUUAGACACUGUCCUCUACGCCCGUAACAAGUGGCUAGUCCAAGAUGGUCUCAUAUUGCCGGAUAAAGCCUCUCUUUAUUUGACAGCCAUUGAAGACGCUGAUUACAAGGAAGACAAGAUUGAAUUUUGGAAUAAUGUAUACGGGUUUGACAUGAGCUGUAUUGGGAAGAAAGCCAUAAUGGAACCUCUUGUUGACAUUGUAGACGAAAAGCAGAUUGUCACCAAUUGCCAAUUACUCAAGACAAUGGACAUCUCCAAGAUGGAAGCAGUUGAUGCUUCCUUCACUGCACCUUUUAAGCUUGUGGCUAAUUGUGACGACUACAUUCAUGCCCUUGUUGCUUAUUUUGAUGUAUCUUUUACGAAGUGCCAUAAAUUGCUGGGUUUCUCAACAGGCCCAAAAUCGCGUGCAACUCACUGGAAGCAAACGGUUCUUUACCUUGAAGACGUGCUUACCAUCUGCGAAGGGGAAGCAUUGACAGGGACCAUUACUGUAUCAUAUAAUAAGAAGAACCAUCGUGAUGUGGAUAUUACUUUGAAGUAUUCUCUAAAUGGGAAACACUGCAGGGCCUCGAGAACUCAGCAUUACAGAAUGCGCUGA